AAAACAUUGGUACCUGCAAAUGAAAAAAGAGAAAAAAAAAACAAGCGCCAAUAUUUUCUCCCUCCUCAACAUUUUAGUUUCCCUCUCUCUCCCAAAAUUUCGAAAGCUAAUUUUCGUUUUCCCUCUCCAAAAGCUUCAUUUUCGUUUCUUCUAAAUUGCAAUCUCCAGUGAUUCAGGAGACUACUCCACAAACCCAAUUGGAAAGUCUCUCUCUUUCGAAUUACAAUCUCUUCAGCUUAUUUCUAGGGUUUUACUACUUCUCUACUAUGGCUUUGGAUGACGUGAAAGCCUCGAAGCGCAAAUCGAACCCUGGAGUUCGAGUAAUCGGAGGGAGAAUCUACGACUCUAGUAAUGGCAGAUGCUGUCACCAGUGUCGACAGAAGACGAUGGACUUUGUUGCCUCCUGCAAGGCCAUGAAGAAGGAGAAACAAUGUUCCAUUAACUUUUGUCAUAAGUGCUUACUCAACAGGUAUGGUGAGAAGGCAGAAGAGGUGGGUGCCUUAGAUGAUUGGCAUUGUCCUAAGUGCAGAGGCAUCUGCAAUUGCAGUUUCUGCAGGAAGAAACGAGGGCAAAGCCCAACAGGAAUAUUAACACACAAGGCUAAAGCUAGUGGGCUAUCAUCAGUCUCUGAGCUCCUAGAUGUUGAGGGUCAUGAUAAAUUUUCUUAUCAGAAAAAGCCUAAGCUGGAGAAUGUUUCCAAUGGAGAUACUGUUGUUGACAAGGACAGCAACAAAGCGGAGGGCAAGAUCAAGAAAGCCUUGAACAAGACCAAAACCGACUUUCCAAAGGCAAAGCUGGAAGAUGAUUUCAUUGAAGUUGCCAAGGAGAACAAAGCGACGAGCAAGAUCAAGAAAGGCUUGAAUAAGACCAAAACUGACCUUCCAAAGGCAAAACCGGAGAAUGUUUCCUUUGAAGAUGUUGCCAAGGAAAACAACAAAGGGGCAGGCAAGAUUAAGAAAACUGUGAAUAAGACUAAAAAUGGCUUUCCAAAGGCAAAACCGGAAGAUGUUUCCAUUGAAGGUUCAGAUGUUGCCAAGGAAAACAAUAAAGGGGCAGGCAAGAUCAAGAAAGCCGUAAAUAAGACCAUUCCGAAGGCAAAAUUGGAGGUUGUUUCCAUUCAAGAUGUUGCCAAGGAGAACAACAAAGUGGCUGGCAAGAUCAAGAAAGCCAAAGUCAUUAACAAAGUGAAAGAGGAGGAAAUUCAGAUUGAGGCUAAACUUCCUAGUGGUAUAAGUUUGACUAAUGUCUUAGGCAUUGAAAUACCCACUGAAGAAACUGGAAAUGUAUUGCAGUUUCUUGAGUUUUGUUCAGCCUUUGGAAAGGCUCUUGAUUUGAAGCACGGGCAUGCUAAGUCUAUUGUUGCUGAGUUUUUCGGAAGUGGGCGUUACACAAAGAGACAACAAUACUGCUCUGUUAUACCGAUGAUGAUCCAGUUGAUGCAAAUAAUAUCACAUGAUAGAGACAUGUCUCUGUCUCUAAGUGCAACUGAUAGCACUUGGUUCAGUUCUCUUGGGGAGUGCCUAUCGCAAUCAGGAGUUCUGAGUGAUGUUUUCCCGCCUGAAACUUUCAAGUCAGGUGUCUCAGAGUAUAAGAAGAUGGAUGCAUCAACAAGGCUCAAGCUUCUCAACUUCUUAUGUGAUGAAUCACUUAGCACAUUGAAAAUGAGGAAUUUCAUUGAAGACAAAAGUAAGGAGUCUGAAACAAAGCAAAGAGAGGCAAAAGAAAAGGCUGCGGCUGCAAGGGAAAAGGAGAAACAGUUGAGGCAGAAGAUGCAAGGAGAUCUUAUCAAAGCCCAUAUGGAAAAAAACGGUGCUCCAUUGUCCAUUGAAGAGCAUCACAAAGUUUUGUCUCAAAUAAAAGCUGAAGCUAAAGAGGCUCAUGGCGAGAUGCUGAAGGCAACAUCUAGAAAGAGGCAACGAUGUGAUGCUGUUAGAACCGACCCGAUUCUAUUGAAUAAUGAAGGUCUUGUUCUCUGGAAACUAAAAUGCUUUGAGGAAGAACCAAAGUUUUUGCUUCAAGAUAUAGGAACAUUUGAUGAUUUAUCUCCACAUGAAAAAUGGUUAGCUUUCAAGCCUGAGGAGAAGCAAGAGAUAGAGAAGUAUAUCUCUGCCAACAGGAUGAAAUUGAUGCGAGCAAAAAAGAAUGCAAACGUGGAAAUCAAUUAAAGAAUGAGAAUAUUGCCAUCAUUCAACUUUCAGUAUUCUCAAAAAUUAAACUCAUAUCUUUCUAUUUUUGUCAUUUUGCUUAUUCUGUUCAGUUCGGCUUAAUUCUGUUGUAUGAUAUGGACAUGAUAUGCUUAAUCCAUGCCAGUCUCUUACUAUAAUAGGGAAACCUAAUCUUGGCUGUUUCAUUAAUACAGUAUUUUGUAUCAAUAUCUUUGGUUGUAUAAAGUUGAAAAGAAAUUAUAAGUGUUUUC